CCCCACCAUCACGUGACACCCCCCUCCUAUCGGCAGCCGCUUUAUAGGCACGCGCACGGCUCACUUCCUGUCCGACCAUAGAGUUUGGUGCGGUGGUAGCUAGUGUGUCGACGAGGAACCCGGAAGCGGCUGCGUCUGGGGCGAGCGCGCUUUGAGCGGCUGGCGGCAAGAUGGCGGAGUUUCCAAACGCGACCCACGAGCCCAUCAAUGUCACUGUCCGCACCGCUGUGGCUGUUACCACCAAGCUGCUGCUGCCCACUCCUGCCAAACCCAUCCUUCCCGUGCAGACCGGAGUCCAGGCACAGCAGGAGGAGCAAUCCAGCGGCAUGACCAUUUUUUUUAGUCUUCUUGUAUUAGCUAUCUGCAUCAUAUUGGUGCAUUUACUGAUAAAAUACCGACUUCAUUUUUUACCAGAAAGCGUAGCUGUUGUUUCUUUAGGUAUCCUAAUGGGAGCUUUUAUAAAAAUCAUAGAGGCUCAGAAGCUGGCCAACUGGAAGGAAGAAGAAAUGUUUCGUCCAAAUAUGUUUUUUUUGCUUUUGCUUCCACCUAUUAUAUUUGAAUCUGGAUAUUCAUUGCACAAGGGUAAUUUUUUUCAGAACAUAGGCUCCAUCACGCUAUUUUCUGUAUUUGGCACUGCAAUAUCAGCUUUCAUAGUAGGUGGAGGAAUUUAUUUCCUGGGCCAGGCUGAUGUAAUUUAUAAACUCAACAUGACAGACAGUACUGCAGAAGGUUUGACAAGAGAAAACAUGUCAGAUGUAAGUGGAUGGCAAACUUUUCUACAGGCGCUGGGAUAUUUCCUUAAGAUGUUCUUUGGCUCUGCAGCACUUGGAACGCUUACUGGCCUUAUUUCUGCACUAGUGCUAAAGCACAUUGAUUUAAGAAAGACACCAUCUCUGGAGUUUGGGAUGAUGAUUAUCUUUGCUUAUCUUCCUUAUGGACUUGCAGAAGGUAUCUCGCUCUCAGGUAUCAUGGCAAUCCUAUUCUCUGGCAUCGUGAUGUCCCACUAUACACACCAUAACCUCUCUCCUGUUACGCAGAUACUAAUGCAGCAGACACUGAGAACUGUUGCUUUCAUGUGUGAAACGUGUGUUUUUGCAUUUCUUGGCCUGUCAAUUUUUAGUUUUCCUCACAAGUUUGAGAUGUCCUUCGUCAUCUGGUGCAUAGUACUCGUUCUGUUUGGCAGAGCAGUGAAUAUUUUCCCCCUUUCCUACCUACUCAACUUCUUCCGUGAUCAUAAAAUCACCCCUAAAAUGAUGUUUAUCAUGUGGUUUAGUGGUUUACGUGGUGCAAUUCCCUAUGCGCUCAGCCUUCAUUUGGGCUUGGAACCAAUAGAAAAGCGUCAGCUCAUUGGGACAACUACAAUCAUCAUAGUGCUGUUCACAAUUCUGCUGCUGGGAGGAGGAACUAUGCCCCUUAUCAGACUGAUUGACAUUGAAGACUCUAAAGCACGCAAGAGGAACAAAAAGGACAUUAACCUUAGCAAGACAGAGAAGAUGGGGAAUACCAUAGAAUCCGAGCAUUUAUCAGAGCUCACAGAGGAGGAAUAUGAAGCCCAGUACAUAAAACGCCAGGACCUCAAAGGGUUUAUGUGGCUUGAUGCUAAGUAUUUGAAUCCUUUCUUCACCAGAAGACUCACACAAGAAGACUUGCAUCAUGGGCGCAUACAGAUGAAAACUCUCACAAACAAAUGGUACGAAGAGGUACGACAAGGACCCUCAGGCUCUGAAGAUGAUGAGCAAGAGCUGCUAUAGCAGACUGGGGAAGGAACACGGGGAGUUUAUCAUUAAAUUCACUCUCUGAAGUCUAAGUAUCAAGAACAUAACUGCACAAAAGCUUCUGAUUUUGGGCAUAUCUUGUGCUAUCUGUUUAAACAUCAAAAAGCUGAUCUACUUUGCUUGGUAUUACUAGUCAGUGACUGAGCCCCUUAAAUGUCAGACUCUAGACUGAAUGAAGAACUUUUCGGAUUUUACAUCACAGCAAAUUUAAUGCAGCCCAUGGAAAAAGUAUAAACAUCUGCCAUGAAAUAGUAAUGUUGUUCAAUGUGGGUCCUAUUAUAAAGCCUGCUGUGAAUGUUUGAAGUAUAGAGCUAUGGUAUGAUGGUAAAAUAGGUUGAGUUGCAGCUUGGUUUUUUUUUUGUUUGUUUUUCUUUUAAAACAUUUACCAAUUCUCAUGGAGAAGGCUGACAACUUAAACUAUGAAUUUGUUUCAGCACUAGUAAGGGAAUUUGGCUGGAAUAAAUCCAUGAUUUAUGAGACUUACAGAAUCAAAGAAUGAUUUGGGUUGAAAGAGACCUUAGAGAUCUUCCAGUUCCAACCUCCCUUGUCUCAGGAGCAUAGAAGGCCACAGACUUGCACAUUUUGAAUCCAGAGAAUAUCAUUACCUUGACAAACAGCAGAUGCUGCACACAAAGAAGAACCUCUUAAUACUUCCAUAUUUUUGUCAUAUAAAAUUGUCUUGAUAUCUAUUUAAUGGGAUGUUUUAUUUUUAUAUCUGAGAUGUCGUCAUGAUCAGUACUGUGGAUUAGACAUGACUUGCAAGAGGUGUGGGGAUAGUAUGACAUUAAAACUGCAAUUUCACAUGCCGUUCUGUAACACCUUUUUAUUUUGCUAGAGAAAGUUGCACUUGGUUUUCUCUAGUUGGUAGUUGCUCCUUGCUGGCACAGUGACUUCAAGUCUAAGAAAGCAACAACUUUUCUUUUGCCUAAAUCCAGGAAGGGUUCCUAACACUCCAGAACUCACUAGCAGACUUCUUGAAUUCUAGUGGAAUCGAAAGCAACAUUUUCACCGUCGUUAGUUUGAUGAAUUAAGUGUGCACAUGGGGAAGGAGUCUACAAAAAUCUUCUGCUAAUGCUGUUUCUUAAGCAGUGUUUCAGUUUUUCUACUUUGUGUAGUAUGUUUGCUCAAAUUACAUACACCUGAACAGGCAGCAAGGCUUGCUGUGUUGGCCAUGGUUACAACACACAGUACUUUGCUGCAAAGGCUGAUCUGAACUCAUUAGUUAUUUACACAAUCACUGUUGAAAUGUUAAACUGUGGUUCUACAUGUAAAUCUGACAUGCAAGUGCACAUGUUUGUUUCUAAAAGCAAGAGUCAUUUUUGGUCUGCUUUUGUUACUAUUUUUGUUUGUUUUUUUGUUUGUUUGUUGUUUUAAAUCAACUGCUUACCAGCUGAGAAAAUUAAAGACUAUUUGGAAUCCUAAA